GGAACCUGCUCAGUCUUUAUUGGGACAAGGACGGAAUAAAAUAGAACUGCAAAGGAUUUGACUUCUCCUCAUUGUAGCCUACCCAACAUGCGAGAGAAGGGGAGCCUCUAUGAUUAAAUUAGGUAAAUGAUUCAGCUGCGCUGGCCUGGCGCGUUAAAAGAUUGUACCGCUAUGAUUAUCGCACUUGACACUGAACAUUGUCUUAAGGAUGCAGUAUUUGAUUUACGAUUUUAACAGAGGUCGGUAGUUAGUCUGUUUGGCGCAGAGUGCAUCUAUCGCGGAAGGGUUUCUGUCUGUGGCCGGUCCCACAUGCAUGUUUGCCUACUGGAUUUUGACUUAAUCAACAGGUACUUGUGACUCCUUGCAUGCGGUCUUGAGUUGUCUUGGAGAAAAGAACGCACUUGACUCGGUGGUAUUCCCCAACUAAAGAUUGAGCGUUGUUAUUACUGAGUUAUACAUGAACAAGGCUCCUCAAAAUCACACUCAUGGCAACACUGUAGUGACUUUUACUCGCGCUUUGCUGGUGUCACUUAAGUUUUUUUUAUUACUGGAAGUAAUGUAAAGUAAUUUUCUGCUAUAGAUUAAAAACGUGACUAGGACUUUCUAUUCAUUUUCAUUCCUUAGGCACUAGGCCUAAGAGGCACUUGGCAUUUAGAUAGUAUUUAGGUGAAAGGUGCUGAUUUUCAGUAACAGAUAGGUGACAAUGUCCUUGAGUCCCCACAAUGGCGCUCUGGCAUCUGUAAAAUGGUGAGGGCCCUGCUCUCCCCUCCGCGGUUCAUGGAUGGUCGUGUAGUGCGUGCCAUUAGUUACACGCAGAUGACAUGGGGUGUGUCCAGAGUGGGAGCUGCAAACCGCGUUUCUGUGACUCUAUCUCGGUGCUCGAACUGAGCGCCUCAAUCGACCCGAACCCGACAACCGUCGAUGAGACGUCAGACGUGGUCCUGCGCUACCGGACCCCCUAUUUCCGGGCCUCCGCUCAGGUUCUGGUUCCGCCUGUGACGAAGAAAGAGAUCUGGACCGUGGGAUGGAUCCAAGCCUGCAAUCAAAUGGACUUCUACAACCACUAUGGGAAUGAGGGGCUGUCCAGCUGGGAGCUCGCCGACCUGCGUGCGGGCCGCGUGACCGCCAUGAGUGACUCGGACGGCGUCAGCUACCCGUGGUACGGCAGCACCAGCGAGAUCUUCACGGUGGUGGGCCCCACCCGGCGCGAGACGCGGCUCACCGUCUCCAUGAACGACAACUUCCACCCCAGCGUGACCUGGAGUGUGCCCAUCGCCACGGUGGGCAGCCCCGCCCAGCUGACGGGCAUCCGACGGGACCAGCGCUUCACCACCUGGCUGGUGGCGCGUAACGAGGGCACGGGCGAGGUCACGCUGCUGCGCACGCUGCACUGGAGGAUGCGCGUCCGCAUCGACGUCGACCCCUUUCAGCCGCUGGGUCGGAGAGCCACGCUGCUGGAGCCCCUGCUUCAGGAGCAGCCUCAGGUGCUGCCCAAGAACGAAGUGGCCAUCCCUCCCACCGCCCUGGACAAGCCCAACGCCAACGACGCACAGAUGCUCAUCUGGAGGCCCAGCAACGCCCAGCCUAUCAUGGUCAUACCGCCCAAGUACACGCCCACUCCUUAGCCAAUCCUGGCUCAUCAUACUGGACGUACUACAUGCCUGGUCCUUAGCCAAUGAAGACUCUUCAUGCCGGCCAGGCACAUGCCAGCUCCUUAACCAGCCAUGGCUCAUCCUACUGCCGGGGUGGGAAACCUAUAACUCGAGGGCCGUCUCAUCCGGCCCCCGAUAUAAUUUCAGUGCAGCUUCAAAUGGAAUGGAAAUUUGCAAUACAAUUUAGUUAUAUUUCAGGGGACCUAGAGAAGGUGGUGGGGUCUGUUGUAAAGGUGGCCACCUACAAUAUAGGCCUAAAUUGUAGGGAGAAAUUCUGGUUUGUGGUCAUAGUACGGCCCUUGGAGGACUUAUAUGGCCCUUGGAGGAAUUUGAAGUGGUCCUUCGAAUGGAAAAGGUUCCCUACCCCUGGACUAAAGAAAGGUACAAAAUGCAAGUACACAUUCUCCUUACAGACUACAGAAAUAUGCCCUGCCAAUUACAUCACCAUUUCAGUGGUUGCUGUCAUCAUGUUUACUAUUUCAUUUUCAGUUUGAAAGCCAAAUGUGAACUGUGGAGGACAUUGCCCCUUCUGAGGUUCUUUGUACCUGAUUGCAAUAAUGUCUGCAGCUGUACUGCUUUUCACUGCAGCUGUACAUGUGUGUGUGUGUGUGUGUGUGUGUGUGUGUGUGUGUGUGUGUG